GCGCUUCCUGAAGUGGACCUACGCCUACGGCUUCUUUGCCACCUACGCCUCUGACCAGCGCAAGCUUUUCGAGUUCCACCAGGCGCAGCUGGAAGGCACCCUGGAAAGACUCUGCGACAUCCUGGAAAACACCCGCUGGGAGUCUUACUUGCUCACGGAGGUGCUUUCCUGCCAGCCCUUCUACGACCUCCGUGCUCGCGUGAUCAGUCUGACCGGCGUGGUCCACGACUUCUUCAGCAAACUCCAGGAUGCCAUGCAGCAGGAGACCUUGGUGAUGCCCACAGGGGCUGCUGCCACCAAGCGGAAACUGCCAGUCUGA